AGACAAGGAUAAAUAUAUACUUUAAACAGCAUUUUGUCUCUUUUAGUUGCAUUAUUCAUAUAGAAUAGAUAAAAGUUCACCACAGUGUAUAAGCGGGUUUUUAUUCACCAUUCGCUGUAAAAAAACAGCCUUUUCAGUUUCAGAGCAUUUGUCGAAAUUCAUUUUAUCAUGGUUAAGUUAGGUUAUAUCGUCAAAUCAUAAAAUUAUUUAUAAGCUAGUUUUUUAAGGAAAAACUUAAAUUUAGUGAAUUUGCAGUGCGAAAAUUUUUGAGAUUUCCUCAGACGAACACUUGGCGAAAGCGGACACCAACCAACAAACCAUAAGAUAAACAAAACAAAAAAAAACAUCAAAAAAACUUUACUGAAGCAGUUGUUGCAUUAGAGCGCGGCAGUUUUUAUUAACAAUUCGUUUUGGAUAAUUUAAAGUCAAUUAAACAAAAUCCUCAGAAAAUCAUGGAGGAAGAUGAGAGGGGCAAACUUUUCGUUGGUGGUCUUUCCUGGGAAACCACUCAAGAGAACCUAUCACGUUAUUUCUGUCGUUUUGGCGAAAUUAUCGAUUGCGUUGUAAUGAAAAACAAUGAAAGUGGCCGUUCACGUGGUUUCGGUUUCGUUACAUUCGCUGAUCCAGCCAAUGUUCAACAUGUUUUGCAAAGCGGUCCUCAUACAUUAGAUGGUCGUACUAUCGAUCCUAAACCAUGCAAUCCACGCACUUUGCAAAAACCCAAAAAGGGUGGUGGUUACAAGGUAUUCCUUGGUGGUUUACCCUCUAACGUUACCGAAACUGAUUUGCGUACAUUCUUUGGACGCUAUGGCAAGGUGACGGAGGUCGUUAUAAUGUACGAUCAAGAAAAGAAGAAAUCACGUGGAUUUGGUUUCCUUUCAUUCGAAGAGGAAUCGUCUGUUGAGCAUGUAACAAAUGAACGUUAUAUUAAUCUUAAUGGCAAACAGGUGGAAAUCAAAAAAGCUGAACCACGCGACGGAUCCAGCUCUCAGAAUGCCAAUAACAGCACUGUUGGUGGAGCUUAUGGCAAACUUGGCAAUGAAUGCAGUCACUGGGGUCCACCCCAUGCACCCAUUAAUAUGAUGCAAGGACAAAAUGGACAAAUGGGAGGACCACCAUUGAAUAUGCCUCUAGGCGCUCCCAAUAUGAUGCCUGGUUACCAAGGUUGGGGUACUUCUCCACAACAAGGGGGUUAUGGCUACGGCAACAGUGGACCUGGUUCGUAUCAAGGAUGGGGAGCUCCACCCGGUCCCCAAGGACCACCACCACAAUGGUCCAAUUAUGCUGGACCUCAACAGACUCAAGGUUAUGGUGGUUAUGAUAUGUACAAUUCCACUUCAACUGGUGGUCCUUCCGGACCAUCUGGUGGUGGCAGUUGGAAUGCUUGGAAUAUGCCACCUAAUUCAGCUGGACCAACUGGUGCACCUGGCGCCGGUGCUGGCACAGCUACUGAUAUGUAUAGUAGAGCUCAAACUUGGGCAACUGGUGGUCCCUCGACAACUGGACCUGUUGGCGGUAUGCCUCGUACUGGACCCGGCAAUUCUGCUUCGAAGUCCGGAUCUGAGUAUGAUUAUGGCGGUUAUGGUUCUGGUUAUGAUUAUGACUAUUCAAAUUAUGUUAAACAAGAAGGUGGUGCCUCUAACUAUGGAGCCGGCCCCCGUUCGGCGUAUGGCAAUGAUAGUUCAACACAACCACCAUACGCUGCUUCUCAGGCAGUCUAAAAAGAUCGUUAUGCCUAAGUUUAAUACCUGCUGCUAAAUAAUAAUGCUGCUGCUGUUAUUCAAAUAAUAAGAUAUCAAUCACUACAAGUAAUAGACAGUAAAACAACAACAACAGAUAAAAAGAACAUCCAUCUACUACAACAAUAACUAAACAACAUAAAAUUACAACAACAUCAACAAAAUUAAACAAGGUGAACAUAUUCUAAGCUAUAGCGUCGUCUGUUUCGUACAGUUGUUAAAUAUUAAAUUUUAUAUAUAUUAUUAUUAUAAUAUUAAUAACUAAUUAAUAAUUAAUUAUAAAAAGAUCUUAUAAAACAAACAAAAAUAUGAAACUAUAUAUAUAGAUGAAACUCUUCAAAAACAAAGUUUAUAUACAUACUUAUAUAUAAAUAGUAAAAAGAACUUAAAUGAAUGGAAAAUUGAAGAUUUUUAAGAACAUCAAAAAAAGAGUAAAAUUUUUUAUAUAUAUAUACAUAUAAACUUUACUAUAUUACUACUAUAUACUACCACUAAAACAACAGUUGCAAAAACGGAGAGUAAUUUAAUGAAAACAUUAAUAUAUAUAAUUAACAAUACGAAAAAAAAAAACAAAAUACAAAAUUAGUUAAUUAUGAUGUAAACCAACUGCUAAAAAAAACUAAAGUUAUAGAAAAAAAAAAAAGGAAAAGAAAAAAAACUAAAAAAAGAAACACAACAAACAUGUUUUAGGAUAAAGAAACACACACAAAAACACAUUAAAAAUAGGGGUUUAAAAAGUUAUAAAAACAUUUUUUUAGAAUAACAUUACUACUUUAUAUAAACGCGUCACAGCUUGAAGGGAAAAUCUCUGCGGGACAAAUGUCUUAAGCUUGCCAGGGAGAUUUUCCAAACGAAAAAGAUUAACUAGUUGUUGUAUAGUUAGUUGUCUUUGGUUUGUGUUAUUUCCAGGAAAGUUUUUAGAUAGAGCAGACAUUUUCGCUUUUCGUAAAGACGUGUAUAAGUUUAUAUAUGAAUUUUUUAAUGAUUAAAAUAAUUUCAAAAUUACUUUUUAGCUAAAAAUGUUCUUUAUUUAUUUUUUAAUUACAAGGUAACUUUUAAUGUUAAAGCAAAGAAAACAAAUGUGUCUGCAUGUAAAACUAUUAGAUUUCUAGAAUACCACAAUGGAUUACAUUUAAAACAAAUUAAAUUAAAAUUUAAAAUUAAACUACUACAGACAUAUUCAUUAUAUAGUUAAAACCUACAGUUAGACAUUUGCAUAUAUAGUUAAAACGUUAAUAUUUAAAAUUAAAUAUUUAUAUAACUUAAUAUAAAAGAAAGAAAACUACAAAUAGCAUUAAACGAGAUAAAAGAAAAAAUCAAAAAGCACGUUUUUCACUUUUAGCCUCUACUUUUACUACUACUACUACUCUUUUUCUCAGUUGUUUUUAAGGAUUUUUUAAAUAAUUAAAUAAUUUUCAUUUACUUUUUUAUUUUAAAUUUAUUUCAUUUUUAAUUUAAUGUUAACUAUUUUGGUGAAUUGUAGCUUAUAAAUAAAUAUAUUAUAAACAUUAAUUAAUUAAUAAAAAGAAACCUUUUUACCUUUAAACAAAUAGCGAAUUAAUAGUUUAGGCAUGAGUUUUUAUGUUUCACUUUUUUUUUUUGGUAAAUUUUAAAAAGUAAAUGUCGUUUUUAAUUUUUAUUUUAAAAUAAACUUUAGUUAAAAGCAGCUUUUACUAAAAAGGCUUUAUACGAAUAAGAACAACAACAAUAAGUAAAGUUGGUUUUCAUAACGUUUUAGUUUAUACCACAACAAACAAACAAAAAAAGCAAAAGAAAAUAUAUUAAUCGAAUUAAAAAAAAAAAACAACUUAUUUUCAAUAAAUUUUAUAAUAAAUACAAAAAAAAACAACAAAGUGUGUAUAUAGUUUUCUUUUUUAAACAAAUAUAUAUAUAAAAUGAAGUUUUUUCAAAAAAAGUAAUUUCUUUUUUGAAAUACAAAACAGUUUAACAAAAAUAUAGCUAAA